AUGUACGGAAUGACUGAAGGGCUACUACCAUGGCUUGGGAGCCAUGCCACCAAGAGGAAGUACAAUUUGCAGAAACCUGAAUGCUUACGUAGUCAUACUCGAAAACUUGAAAAUAGUCGUAAUAGUGCGCGAAAUACCUCCAUAUCACCGUCGAAUACAACGAGUGGAUCUUCGGGCACGGCGACAACGGCAACUACUGCGUCUUCUGGUAGCGCUGCUACCUCUGCCACCACCACCGCUGUCGCAUCCGUCACUAGCGCUGUUACCUAUGCCACAAGCGGACGUCUCUCAUCCGCCGAGGCGGAGGCGACUUUGCAGGAAAUGGCUGCAUCCGUCGCCCACCUCGGCAAUCGAACAGGAGCGAAGGAGGCGGAGGCUGACGGAGGUAGUGUGACCUCGUCCUGCACUUCCGGUUCCAGCGUUGGCCUGCCUCCGCUCUACGAGGAGGCUGUCCAGUUGCUCUCCGAACAACAACAGCAACAACGGAGGCGGUCUCCUUUUGCCGCUGGUCUUUUAAAGUGGAAUAUUUUGGCUGGCGAGACGAACGAAAUUUUGGCAUUUCUUGAGUCGAGCGGCUCUACUAUAUCAGUGUACCCACCGUUGCGACUCUCGCUUCAACAAGGUGCUUUGCGAAUUCGCGAUACAAGUUUUGAUGCUGAAUCGGGAACGAUAAGUACCCUACAAGUGAGGGCGUUGUCCAAUCACGAACUGCCUUUAUCCUCAGUUCCCGCUCUUAUCAUCAUAUCGUACUGUUCACCACAAUGGACUGGCAUUUCACCAAUCUUUGAGCACAAGGGAGAGGACCUGAGGCCAUUGGCAAGUGCAGGCCUCGAAGACUGUUCUGAGGACCCAGACCUGCAAAAUUCUGCAGUCUUGCAAGUCCUACCCAGUCUCAGUUGUACAGUAACUGGUGCAGAGGCAAUAGUCGAGUUGCUUUACGAGAAACCAGCGGUUUUGGCUGGGAAUGCUCAACCGUGUCCGCUGGACCAAUACCGACUUCGAAAAUGCGGCCUGCGAUCAAAACAUUCAGCUCUGACAAAACUCAUGGCCGACACAAAACGCCUUUACUCUAGCAAGUCUCCGCUUAACGUAACUGAUCAGCUAAUUCAAGCGUCUGAUCUACGCGGGUCGGAGGAUGGUGAAAAUAAUCUCCAAUUUUCCCUCUUCUUUUGGAUUCGCCAGUACCCGCACCUACCUCCCAACAUACCUGGUGACAUUCCAAUUGAGGUCCUGUUCUACGGCAAAAAUAUUUUCGACUACAAAGUCUCUACUUUGACGAUCUCUAAAAGGGGAAGAGACAUAAUUGUUUGCCUGAAAAAGUUUUCCAAUCUUCCGUCUACUUCAUGGACAUUCUCGUCGAGCUCGCACAUUGUUGAGGAGGAAUGGGUCCUAAUGACAAUCAACUACCAAUCGAAAGGAAAAGAACAAAGUGUGGGGAUAUUUCUGAGCAGAGAUGAACUUGAAAAGAUUUCAUCAGGACCGAUCCUGAAUGUUCCUCCGACUUUUGCGGACGAUUCACCCGAGGGCCAGUCACUCGCUAUCAUUGGAGCUGCAUGGUCUGCUUCUAAUCCAGAGAAAUUCUCGCAUAUCUUUAAGGGUCAGAUUGCAGAUAUGAGCUUAUUGUACGGGACAGUGUUGAAACCGACCACAAUCGAGUGCUUAAUUGACUGUAAACCUCGCCUCACUUUGAAUCAGGAGGCGCUCCACCUCCUGACUCCUUCCACAAAGCUUACCUGGGAGCUACCCUUUCGUGGCAUUCGAAUGGUCAGCUUGCAAGCGGCACAAGUGAGCAGUGUCCUGCAGCAACUGAAUGUGGUCAACCUGGAUGGUGUUCCGUCGGUGACUUUGCGUCUGGCGAGUUAUAUCCAAUGUUUAGAAACCAACACAACAUCUCCACUUCCCGAAGUGAAUAUCACGCUGAUUGAUGCUGCAGCAAGGAAGGAUUUGGACCAGCCUCGCAACGAUCUUGAAGGGCUUUCGUCGCCGAGUGCGGAAGACCCCUGCGGCUAUCGACUGAGGCUGCAAAGCACCUCUCUGCAGGCGUUGGAAGGCACCAAACGAGCAAUAAGCGUGUCGGAGGCUAAAAGGGGACAAUACCUCAUUCCUGACGCAAAUCUUACCUGGGAGGCCUCCGAUCCCAGGUGCUUGGAGGAGUUGGAGCAUUUGGGUGUAAACGAAAACGAGAUUGAGACGGUUGCUGAAGUUCUCAGUUGCAAUGCCAACAGUUGUGGCCUCUUGACCAAUCGCCUUCAAUUGGGCCAGGAAACAAUUUUUGUCGGCGGAUUCUCCACUACCUCUCUCAGUGGUAUUGGAAUACGGUUUGAACGGACAAGAAGCAGCUAUGGAAUCGUGGGCAAGGCCUCUACCGAUGUCUAUAAUGACCUACUUCGACACAUGGCUUGGAAACACAGGAAUGCUGUGAAGGGCUUAACUCGAUGUGUCAGCAUUCAGUGCACCGCGAUGAUUCAAGAUGAUGAUGAGAAGAUGAUUGUCUUUCAUCGCAGUAACCAACUGGAAACACAGUUUCGUACUGUUGACACCGACUCCUUUGAGGCCUUGGGCGAGGAGCUGAUUGAUCACGAUGAAAAACGUGUCUUUUUCGAGGACGUCCAACCAGUCGCCUUUCCACUUCGGGGUGAUAUGAAGUCUAGGACCCACACUUGGAGCUACUGGGUGGGUGUAAUGAUCCUCGCAGUCGGACUAAUUGUCGUUCUGGCCGGUCUAGUUUGGGUUCGCAAUAAGUCGAUUCGCCGACGCAGGUAUCGUGCAUCUCCAAGUUUCACGCGGAAUUUCAUUACAACCACUGUCGGCUACGUGGCCGCAAAUGAGCACUGCAGAGAUGGAGAGGACGAUGAAGAAGAGGAGGAGGAUUUCACCAAAAGACGGGGUCGUGAGGAUACCGAGGAAGACAUCUGGGUGCCUGUGAUAAGGCCCAAAUUCGCUUCUAGUAGGUCAUCAAGAGCAGAAAUUAGACCUAAACAGAGGGUGCACUUCCAAAUGAGCCGAGUUUUACCACCGCCACCACCAACACCCUCGUCACUUGAUAGCACUUCGUCAAGUGAAUCGGAGAAUGAUAGCACCACUGAAUUUGAGCUAUUGAAACCAGCACAAUCCCGCAUGGGAAGUGUUGAACUCGAUCAAAAACUGCUAAUUUCCGAUGCGGAGGACGCCACAGUUGGCGUAUCGAGCACGACCCAUUCACUUGACUACAAACAUCCACUGGAGUGGACAGCACAUGAUUACGGCAGUAAAUGA